GCGCUUUUAACUGUCAAGCAUACUUUCGAUAAUGUCGUUAAAAUUCUUUCUACUGCAUUUUUCUUUACUUUCUUCAUAAUAAAAUAUAUCUCAUUUGCUGUUAAUAUCGAAAAUGUAAAGUAUUUACUGUCGCAACUUCAACAUAUAUACAACAAUCUAAAAGAUGAAUAUGAGUAUGUUAUUAUAGAAAAGUAUAGCUACAAUGCAAAAUUGUACACAGUUAUCCUUACAAUACUAGCCGCCUGUUGCACAUCUGCUUUAAUUGUCGUUCAAUUUUGGUCAAGUAUCGCCGGCGUUAUUUUAUCAAGAAACAUAUCUCAAUCUCGUUAUUUACCUAUUACAAUGGAAUAUUUUAUCGAUCAAGAAAAACAUUUCUGUUUAAUUCUUUUGUACACAUAUACAACCCUUUGCAUAGGAGUAACUGCGUUGGUAGCGAUAGGAUCGAUGCUUAUAGCAUAUCUUCAACAUAUCUGUGGAAUGCUUAGCAUCUCACGUUAUCGUAUUAAUCGCGCAUUGAGAUUUAAUAUGCUGAAAAACGAGAAAUUUAUAUUCAAAGAAAUAUUUCAUGCUGUAGAUAUUCAUCGACAAGCUAUGAGAUUGUCUGAACUGUUGGUAUCCAAUUUUGAGAUAAUGCUGUUCUUCUUAAUAAUAUUUGGAGUUAUAUCUAUGAGUCUCAACCUCUUGCAAAUUUUUCAGAUCAGGACAUUUUAUGAUUACAUCGAUGAAUUUUUACUUCGCAUUGCAAUUGUAAUAGCUAUUAUUGCAUACAUGUUCACUGCUAAUUAUGUCGGGCAAGAUAUUAUGGAUCACAAUAAUCACAUAUUUGUUACUGUAUACGCUGUUCAAUGGUAUGUGGCUCCCUUA